AUAGCGAGAGAGAGAGAGAGAGAGCGAGAGAGAGAGAAGCUGGACGCGGUGGCCAUGCGCGCGCACAGCGAGAGCCCGUCGCUGGGCCUUUGGGAAGAAGCAGCAGCAGCUUGUUACUGAGCAGCUCGCGCUUUUCGCUCCGCACGAGGAGGGAACCGUUCCGGAGGAGCCGCGCGAGCGAGCCGGACUCGAACUCCAGCACGGCGCAGAGCAGCGGGUACGCGCACGCCGAGCGACGGAGCCAGCCUCGCGGGUUCGGACCGAGAGUCCUACCGUGGUUGUGAUGGAGAUGGAGGGUCUUUCAGCAGGAGCGCAGUGGACCCCUCUCAAUGAGAAGUCCUGUCAGACAGACGAUCUCUGCCAUGAGGCCACGGUACCUGGGCCGGACCAGGCCAGCAAGACGCCAGUCUAUUCCGUUGAGCCUGGAGACCCUCCACUGCUGCAGAGACCACUGGAGACCUCAAAGUCUGGCAUCCAGCAGAUCAUUGAAUGUUUUCGUUCAGGUACUACACAGUUGAAACACAUACUGCUGAAAGAGGUGGACACAAUAUUUGAGUGUAAGCUCUGUCGGAGCCUCUUCCGUGGCCUUCCUAACCUAAUUACGCACAAAGAGUACUACUGCUUUCCCAGGCUGCCGGAACCAGGUGAGCACUUGGGAGAUGGCAAGCAGAGCCUUGCUAUUAAAGAGCUACUGGAGGCCAUUUACCCCCGGCCAGACAGACAGGACUAUGUGGUGAGGCUGGAACCCAUAGAGGGCAAUCAGAAUGCUGUGUUCCAACAUCUGAUUAAAGAGGACGACCUUGAGUCUCCAUUCCCCUGUGAUAGCUCCAACCACAGCAUGGACAGCUGGAGACACCCCCAGUUAGAGAGCCAUGGGGAAGAACAGGAGCACGGCACAGGUGGGGAGAGCGACCAAGGAGAUGGCGAGGCCGAGCAAAGUGAAGAAGGAGGUGAGAAGCUUGCGAAACAGCCUGUCGAAGGAGUGACAUUGCAAGAGAACAAGGAAAAAGAGGAGGAUUGCCGCGAAGGCGUGGAUGAGCAGGUGGUCAACAGCGGUGUGGACGAUGUGACGAUUACGUGCUGCCUCUGUGGCAAAGACUUCUGUUCACGGCGUGGCAUCCGACGCCACUGCCACAAGAUGCACAAGCGACGCCUGGAGGAGCUACGCAAGUUCACAGACACUCGCACUGUGCCCAUCAGUCUGUUCUCCGUGGUGAAGGAUCGGCAGACGGGCCAGGUGCACACGUCGUCGCCCAAUGGCAAGUGUUGCCCGGUCUGCUUCAAGACCUUUGCCACCAAAGCCAACGUUUGCCGCCACUUUGAUGAGGUGCACCGUGGUCUCCGCCGCGACCUCAUCACACCCGACAUUGCCACCAAACCAGGCCAACUAGAGGCUACACCCCCUCCACAUGUUCCCAUCUCGACCACCCCCAAGGCCCUCUUGCCCCUUCCUCAGUAUAACCUGGCUACCUGCAAGUGCCUCCUCUGCAAGAGGACUUACAGUACGCAAGCUCGGCUCAGGAGACACAUGCGCUUCGUUCACAAGAUUCUCGCUUCCAAAAGCCCUUCCACUGACUUGUCAGAUGCUAAGUCCAUUGCCAGCGAGUGCCUCGAUGCCAGCCCUUGCCCCUCUAACAACUUAGAACCGGCUGAUCACGAGCGUCUCAAGAGGCCCAGAGAGGAGGACGAAGAUGGCCCCUUGUCAUGCAAGCCCAGGCUCUCCAUGGGCUUCGACUUCAGGCAGCUCUUUUGCAAGCUCUGCAAGCGGCAGUUCAGCUCUCGCCAGAACCUGUCCAAACACAUAGAGUUGCACACAGACAACGGCAGUGACAUCUUCAUUAAGUUCUACCGCUGCCCGCUGUGCCCCUACGAGUCUCGACGCAAGAGAGAUGUGCUACGGCACAUCACUGUAGUACACAAGAAGAACUCUGCCUACCUGGCCAAGAUCCUGCCCAGCCUGGAGAUGCGGGCCGUGAAAAAGCCUGCCGAAGUGGUGCUCGGAGGCUCAGAAAAGCACAGCCAUGCAAAGGAGGAGGUCGAUGAACACAAGCCUGCUUCGUCACGUGGCCCACCGAGGGCUGAGUGCUUCCCGCCUUCGGCCCUUGUCUCAGCCAAACAGGACCUCCCCCCUCCCUCGCCACCUGUUACGCGCAAACAAAGCCUUUUACCUCGCAUUCAGAACUCUGUAUUCGCCAACUCCGAGGAGGUGGAGGACAGCACGGAAGUGCGGGUCACCAAAAACUUUUCGCUGCACGCCUGUGACAUGUGCGGCCGAGCUUUUGCAAAGAAGGUCUACCUGGAGUCACACAAGAGAAGCCAUCGGAACGUAGCCAACAUUGACGGCAGGACGACAGGUGUGAACACUCGCUCAAAGUCCCUGCUCGGAUCCUUUUAGACGAGACUUCUGGUAGAAUGGAUGGGACGCCAAGACGACGUCACUGACAGAAACGAUGAAAAACUCGACCACAGAAACGUGCCGUGGUGUAAAUACUUGACUACGUAGGAGAGGAUUUAUUUGUAGCUUUGGCAGUUAAAACUGCAGGGGAAUGAAAGUUCACCUACUUGAAGUGCAUUUUGUUUUACUUUCCCUUCAUUCCCUGCAACUCCACAGUGAACAGUCUAUGGGUGUUUAGGAGGGUUUAACCACUAACCAACCAAUUAGAGAGAGCAAAGCAAAAAACGGUCCAUUCCUGCCUGUGGGAUUCGAUAGCUGCCGAAUCCCAGUCGCCGACCUGAGUCUCCAGAAUCCAGUUUUAGUGGAUCAUCCCCAGGAGAAGCUCAUGAGAAGGAUCUGUCAGUAGUGCUAGCUGAGGAACCACAUAGUGCUCAUUGGUAUUCAAUGCAAAUAUAUGGUCAAUCCAAACUUGUUCUUUUUUUACUAUUAGGGCUGAUUUCUUUACCUGUCCUGAACCUGAAGGACAGGCGUUCUUUACGUUGAAGCAGUUGUACAGCAGUGGGAAUAUGAGAAUUAUUAUUAUUGUUAUUAUUACUAUGAAUUUUUUUUCUAAAUCUAAAUGUUUGAGGCCUGCAGAGCAUGACUUUGAGUAAUACCAGAUGCCUUGUUCAGUCCAACCAGUCAAUCCAACAUACGUCGUCACAUAUCAUGACUUCUGUCGGAGCGAAACCUCACAUCUCCGUUUUUGUCAAUUUUCAGUUUUUGACAUAAUGUUAAAUGGCCUGUCAUUCUUUAUAUUUUGUGUAAAUUUCGUCAUGUAUGGACCAAAAUAAACAAUCCAAAAUGCCUGAUCCAAGACGUCUGGUUCCAUUGACUUGUAUUUAAAGUAAAGUAUGUUUUUUCCUUCUCCUGUAAAGUUACCAUUUUGAAGAUUCGAGGUUUUGCUCCGACAGCAGCGAUGUAUUUUUUAAAUCGGUAUGUUUCUACAAGAUGCCUCGUCUGCACAGCUGUGCUUAAGCCAUGAUUCAAUUCCGACGAAACUGCGGGUUCCUUAGGCAUUCCCAGACUUUUUGUUUAACUGCUACCUCGGGUGGACGAUGGUAGGGUUCUACUUUACGUACAGCCGAAAUGAAUGUAUCUGUUUAUGAACUUUGCUUUUCCCACCAAUAAAAGAGAGAUUGGAA